CCCAGGACCUCGGGCUAAUCGGCUGUGCCUUCCUCACCUACUGUGCCAGGGACUCUGCCAUCAAAGCUCAGACUGCCCUGCACGAACAGAAGACCUUGCCCGGAAUGGCGCGGCCAAUCCAGGUGAAGCCUGCGGACAGCGAAAGCCGCGGAGGGGACCGGAAGCUGUUUGUGGGGAUGCUGAACAAGCAGCAGUCGGAGGAGGACGUGCUGCGGCUGUUCCAGCCCUUCGGGGUUAUUGACGAGUGCACGGUGCUCCGGGGGCCCGACGGCAGCAGCAAAGGCUGUGCCUUUGUGAAGUUCUCCUCCCACACGGAGGCUCAGGCGGCCAUUCACGCCCUGCACGGUAGCCAGACCAUGCCGGGGGCCUCCUCCAGCCUGGUGGUCAAGUUCGCAGACACAGACAAGGAGCGAACGCUGCGGCGCAUGCAGCAGAUGGUGGGCCAGCUGGGCAUCCUGACGCCGUCGCUCGCCCUGCCCUUCAGCCCUUACAGUGCCUACGCUCAGGCUCUCAUGCAGCAGCAGACAACGGUCCUGUCCACCUCGGGCAGCUACCUGAGCCCCAGCGUGGCCUUCUCACCGUGCCACAUUCAGCAGAUUGGCGCCGUCAGCCUUAAUGGACUGCCUGCCACACCCAUUGCCCCUGCCUCUGGACUGCACUCGGCCCCGCUGCUUGGCACCGCUACUGUGCCCGGCCUGGUGGCUCCCAUCACCAACGGCUUCGCAGGUGUCAUGCCCUUCCCUGGUGGGCACCCCACCCUAGAGACUGUAUAUGCCAAUGGCCUCGUGCCCUACCCAGCAGCUCAGAGCCCGACAGUCGCCGAGACCCUCCACCCCGCCUUCUCCGGAGUCCAGCAGUACACAGCCAUGUACCCCACCGCGGCCAUCACGCCCAUCGCGCACAGCGUCCCCCAGCCGCCGCCCCUCCUGCAGCAGCAGCAGCAGCGAGAAGGUCCCGAAGGCUGUAACCUGUUUAUCUACCACCUCCCCCAGGAGUUUGGAGACACGGAGCUGAGCCAGAUGUUCCUGCCCUUCGGCAAUAUCAUCUCCUCCAAGGUGUUUAUGGAUCGAGCCACCAACCAGAGCAAAUGUUUUGGCUUCGUGAGCUUUGACAACCCGACCAGCGCGCAGACCGCCAUUCAAGCCAUGAACGGCUUUCAGAUUGGCAUGAAGAGGCUCAAAGUGCAGCUGAAGAGGCCCAAAGAUCCAGGACACCCCUACUGACCUCGCCCACAGCCACCCUGAGGCUGUGGGCUUGGCCCAGGUGAGGGGCCUCCCCACCCCAGGAGGGUAUCCCGCUUCCAACUGAUCCAGGACAUUUCCGUAAAUUACAACCGAGUUUGGAUACCGGCCCUCCCUCUCCUCUCCUGUCCCCUUGCCCUCUCCCCAAAAUGUGACUCACUGCUAAUGGCCAUGUGGAAUGGGGAGUGGGACU